AACGUUGCCUCCCGUACAGGCUGCAAACCAGUCACGUGACGACCACGUGACCGGGUUCAGAGUUGAAAGUCAAACGGCACUGCGGCUCUCCGUCAUGGCGGGCCUGGUGGGACGUACAGCCCUGCUGCAAGCCUACCGCGUGCAGGCAGCGGACCGGGACCGCGCGUGCAGGCUGGUGGCCGCCUCCUCCUGCUCGAUACGGUACGUGUUCUCCGGUAAAGGGAACGGACUGAACGGACACGCGGCGCUGACACGACACUACAGCUCCGACUCAAAGGAUGACCUGCGCGUCCGGUACCUAGACGGAGAAGACUCCGGUAUUGUUGUCGUUGGGAUAAACCGACCAAAAGCCAAAAACGCCAUCAGCAAAAAUCUGGUCAAAAUGAUGUUUGAAGCUGUGGAGGAUAUCAAGAAAAAUAACAAAGUGCGCAGUGUCAUUUUUUGCAGUUUGGUUCCUGGAAUCUUCUGUGCAGGUGCAGACCUGAAGGAGAGGGCCAAGAUGCACCAGAAUGAGGUGGGACCGUUCGUGUCCAAAGCACGAGCACUCAUCACAGAGCUGGGUAAUCUGCCCGUACCAACAAUUGCUGCAAUAGAUGGAGCUGCCUUGGGUGGAGGCAUGGAAAUGGCCCUUGCUUGUGACAUCCGAAUCGCCUCCAAUACUGCAAAAAUGGGACUAGUUGAGACCAAACUUGCAAUCAUUCCUGGAGCAGGUGGUACACAGCGUCUGCCCAGGGCAAUCAGUGUCUCUCUCGCUAAGGAGCUGAUCUUUGCUGCCCGGGUGGUGGAUGGAACAGAGGCGUGUCGUCUGGGUAUUGUCAACCAUUCGGUGGAGCAGAAUAAUAGUGGAGAUGCUGCCUACCUGCGCUCUCUGGAGCUCGCCCGUGAGAUCAACCCUCAGGGUCCAAUUGCAGUAAGGAUGGCAAAACUGGCUAUCAGCCAGGGGAUAGAGGUCGAUCUAUCUACAGGUCUGGCAAUUGAAGAGGCAUGCUAUGCCCAGGUGAUACCAACUAAAGACCGACUGGAGGGUUUGGCUGCAUUCAAGGAGAAGAGGCGUCCUCACUAUAAAGGGGAGUGAGGCCACACACUCUGCUUUCACUCUCCUACUGUUCACUGCUUCUAACAUAUUUAUGGGUGACACUGUACCCGUCAACACAUUAACCUGUACAGUACCCAGAGGAUGUCUGUCUGAGUGCGGGACAUUAGGGUCGAUCCUGACUCGUGUUUUUGCCACUGAUUUAAAUGUCAGAGUAAAGCACUUGCUAGGUGUCAACUACCCCUUAAGGAUUCUGAGAAACCAAGCAAACUAACCAAGCACUGACCCAGCUUACAACUCUUAAAGCUUCUGCAAUCUAAACAUGAAUGACUUGGUUGGUUGUUGGCCGUUUAGUAAUUAACAGUAGCCUUCUUGGCUAGUCAACCAGUCAGAGAGCCAUUGACAUUUCCAUAAU